AUGUCAUUAGUCAUUGCUUCCAAGUCUGGAGUCAUGCAACAAAGAUUAACAUUUUUAUACAGUAAAUUUGUAGUGCGUUUAUGCAAAUCACUAGCUAUUUCAGGAGUAGUCUGGUACUUAUUCUACAUUAUCCUCUCCAACCAUCCCUGCUGCCAGUCCUCUGCCCUCUUGGCAAACUUGAGAUACACAUGGUCUUCAUCUUCAUCUUCAUCUUCCAUUGUAGAUUCUCCAACCAACAUUAGCCACCUUGUUUUUGGAAUAGCGAGUUCUGCAAAAACAUGGGAAAGCAAAAAACCCUACAUCCAAGCCUGGUGGCUGCCAAACAAAACCAGGGGAUUUGUCUAUUUGGAUAGAGCUCCCAAAGAGACAGUACUCCAAUGGCCUUCAUCUUCUCCUCCUUUUCGUGUCUCACAAGAUACCUCUAGAUACCAAGAAUACAACAAACAUCCAAAUCCAGAUGCAAUUCGAAUGGCACGCAUAAUUUUCGAGUUAUUCAGAGAGGUAAACAAAGGGGUUAGAUGGUAUAUCAUGGCAGAUGAUGACUCAAUCUUUUUCUUGGAUAAUCUGGUUGAGGUUUUGGGCAGAUAUGAUCAUAAUAAAUACUUCUAUAUUGGGUCCAAUUCAGAGUGUGUGGCAUCGAAUUUUGAUCAUUCUUUUGGAAUGGCAUUUGGUGGGGCAGGGUUUGCUUUGAGUUAUCCUUUGGCACAAGCGUUGGUGAAGAAUUUAGAUGUCUGCAUAAAGACAUAUCCAACAUUGUAUGGGAGUGACCAUAUUUUGCAGUCCUGUAUUGCUGAUUUGGGAGUCUCUCUUACCCAGGAAAAGGGCUUUCAUCAGAUUGAUCUACACAGUGACAUUUCCGGACUUCUAUCAGCUCUUCCACAGUCUCCAUCCGUUUCGCUUCAUCACCUCGAUGUAGUCGACCCAAUUUUUCCUUCCAUCAAGAGCCGCCACGAGUCACUGAACCACCUAAUGGAAGCAGCAAAAGCUGAUCAGUCAAGGCUAUUGCAGCAGACCAUUUGCUAUCAUAAACAAAGCAACUGGUCUUUUUCCAUAUCAUGGGGCUACUCUGCUCAUAUUUAUGAAAAGCUUUAUCCACCAACCAUUUUGCAUAGACCCCUCCAAACCUUUACGCCAUGGAAGAAGUCGGCUAAGCCACCCUACAUGUUCAACACUCGACAUCCCUCAAAUGAUCCAUGUGAGGCUCCUCAUGUUUUCUACUUUGACGCCAUAGAAAGGAGCAAGGGGAACCAAAUUCUUACAAGUUAUGUUAGAAGAUCACCUCGUGGGUUACUGGCUUGUUCAUCAAGUGGGAAUCACUCUGCUGAUUUAAUAUCCAAAAUUCAGGUCUUCUCGCCCGCGAGGAGACAUGGUGAGGCUGGUAAUAGAAGAGAGUGCUGCGACGUUGUGCGUGUAGCUGAGAAUCUGAACUUCACGGAGGUCAUGUUUAGGGCUUGCAUGAAGGAUGAAAUAGUGGCCUAUAUGUAAUCCUAGGCCUAGAUAUCCAAAUGAGUGAAGCUUUGAUUGAUGUAUGGGUGUGUUGUAAUUAAUAUAAGAAUAAUGAUGUUUUCACGGAGGAACAUUAUUGCUCAUGGUCAAUGCAUGUUGCUGAUUAAUUAAUCUCGAUCUUCUUCUCAAAAUUGGAGCUGGAACAGAUCAAGGUCAAAUUUGGCUCAAUAUUAAUUCGUUGGGAGGAAUUCAUUCAACUUUACGGGCAGAUUUGUUUUAUAUAUGGUUUGUGGUCAAUUUAGUUGAUGCUUACAUGUAGCACCUGUACUUGUUUGUCUUAAGGUGUGGACGAAAUUCUAGAAUCUUUUGUGGCAAGCUAGACGACAUUGUUAAUUAUGUUCUAUCUGAUAUCCUCUUCUUGUUGUUGGUUGCCUUUAAUCAAGUCAAGUGGGGCCUUCUGUGUUACUC